UUACCUCAAACAUGUCUACCUUCAUGAAAUUAAAAUUCUAUUUCCUUUUUUCUAGAGGCACAUCAAGAAAGGAGUCUCUAAAAGGGGAUUCUGACAACUGGCUAACAAGGAAGGUGACUCUGAGUUAAUGAAUCUGUGUGCUUGGCUACUUGAGUUACUUCAAUUUCUAUUUUAAGUCACUGUAGAGAAGAACAUUGAAUUUUGAAAAAAAAUGUUGGAAACCAUUGACAAAAAUCGGGCCCUGCAGGCAGCAGAGCGAUUGCAAACCAAGCUGCGAGAACGUGGGGAUGUAGCAAAUGAAGACAAACUGAGCCUUCUGAAGUCAGUCCUGCAGAGCCCUCUCUUCAGUCAGAUUCUGAACCUUCAGACUUCUGUACAGCAGCUGAAAGACCAGGUAAACAGUGCAACUUCGGGAACUUCCAAUAUUGAAUAUGCCCACCUUUCUCAUCUCAGCCCAGCUGUAAUUCCUGCGCUGCAAAGUGAAUCAUUUUUAUUAUCAUCCAAUAAUGGGAAUCUGGAAGCACUUACAGGGUCUGGCACUCCACAUGUCAAUGGGAAACCUGCUUGUGAUGAAUUUGAUCAGCUGAUCAAAAAUAUGGCCCAGGGUCGCCACGUAGAGGUUUUUGAGCUCCUCAAACCUCCAUGUGGAGGCCUUGGGUUUAGUGUUGUGGGAUUAAGGAGUGAAAACAGAGGAGAGCUCGGAAUAUUUGUGCAAGAGAUACAAGAGGGCAGUGUGGCUCACAGAGAUGGAAGAUUGAAGGAAACUGAUCAGAUCCUUGCUAUCAAUGGACAGGCACUUGAUCAGACGAUUACACAUCAGCAGGCUAUCAGCAUCCUGCAGAAGGCCAAAGACACUGUCCAGAUAGUUAUUGCCAGAGGCUCGUUGCCUCAGUUCGUCAGCCCCAUAGUUUCCCGUUCUCCAUCGGCGGCCAGCACGAUCUCAGCUCACUCUAAUCCCGUUCACUGGCAGCAUGUGGAAACCAUUGAAUUAGUCAAUGAUGGAUCUGGUCUGGGAUUUGGCAUCAUAGGAGGAAAAGCAACUGGUGUGAUAGUGAAAACCAUUCUGCCGGGAGGAGUCGCUGAUCAGCACGGGCGAUUAUGCAGUGGAGACCACAUUCUAAAGAUUGGUGACACAGAUCUAGCAGGAAUGAGCAGUGAGCAAGUAGCACAGGUCCUUAGGCAAUGUGGAAAUAGAGUUAAACUGAUGAUUGCAAGAGGCGCCAUAGAAGAACAUGCAGCACCCAACUCUUUGGGCAUUACCUGCUCCUCAUCCCCAUCUUCCACACCAGAGAUGCGGGUUGACGCUUCUACUCAGAAAAGUGAAGAAAGUGAGACAUUUGAUGUAGAACUCACUAAAAAUGUCCAAGGAUUAGGAAUUACCAUUGCUGGUUAUAUUGGAGAUAAAAAAUUAGAACCUUCCGGAAUCUUUGUAAAGAGCAUUACAAAGAGCAGUGCUGUUGAACAUGAUGGAAGAAUUCAAAUUGGUGAUCAAAUUAUAGCAGUAGACGGCACAAACCUUCAGGGCUUUACUAAUCAACAGGCAGUAGAAGUUUUGCGACACACAGGGCAAACAGUGCGCCUGACACUAAUGAGGAGAGGAGCGAAGAAGGAGGCUGAGCCCACGUCUAAGGAGGACAUCGCGAAAGACUCAGAUUUACUUCUUGCUAAUGCCAUAACAGGCAAAGAAAAUUAUGAAAAAGAGGAAGAUACUUUAUCUUUGAGGAGAAACACCAAUAUUUUACCAAUUGAAGAAGAAGGGUAUCCACUGCUGUCAGCCGGAAUAGAAGACAUAGAGGAUGUGAAACAACAGGAAGCUGGCCUGCUGACGAAGUGGCAAAGGGUUAUGGGCAUUAACUAUGAAAUAGUGGUGGCCCGUGUGAACAAGUUUAGUGAGAACAGUGGGUUGGGGAUAAGUCUGGAAGCAACAGUGGGACACCAUUUUAUCCGGUCUGUUCUACCAGAAGGUCCUGUUGGACACAGUGGGAAGCUUUUCAGUGGAGAUGAGCUAUUGGAAGUGAAUGGCAUAACUUUGCUUGGGGAAAAUCACCAAGAUGUGGUGAAUAUCUUGAAAGAACUGCCCAUAGAAGUGACAAUGGUGUGUUGUCGUCGAACUGUGCCCCCCACCACCCACUCAGAACUGGAUAGCCUGGACUUAUGUGAUAUUGAGCUAACAGAAAAGCCUCAUGUAGAUCUAGGUGAAUUCAUCGGGUCCUCAGAGACAGAGGAUCCAGUGCUGGCAAUGACUGAUGUGGGGCAGAAUACCGAGGAGGUUCAAGAACCUUUGGCCAUGUGGGAGGCUGGCAUUCAGUACAUAGAGCUGGAGAAGGGAAGCAAAGGACUUGGUUUUAGCAUUUUAGAUUAUCAGGAUCCAGUUGAUCCAGCAAGCACUGUGAUUGUAAUUCGUUCUUUGGUGCCUGGAGGUGUUGCUGAAAAGGAUGGAAGACUUCUUCCUGGAGAUAGGCUCAUGUUUGUCAAUGACAUUAGCUUGGACAACAGCAGUCUUGAGGAAGCUGUAGAAGCCUUGAAGGGAGCACCCUCAGGAGCUGUGAGGAUAGGCGUUGCUAAGCCUUUGCCUCUUUCACCGGAAGAAGGUUAUGUUUCUGCUAAGGAGGAUUCCUUUCUGUACCAACUACCCUCACAGGAGGAUGCAGGGUUGGCGGACAAAGCCCUCUUCAGGGCUGACUUGGCUCUGGUGGACACAAAUGAUUCUGAGAUAGUAGAUGAUUCCACUUUUGAAUCUCAAUAUUCUCCUGAUAAUGACAGUAUCUACUCUACUCAAGCAUCUAUUUUAUCUCUUCAUGGUAGUGCUUGUAGUGAUGGCCUGAACUAUGGUCACUCCCUUCCAUCCUCUCCUCCCAAGCAGGAUGCCAUUGAAAAUUCUUCUGAUCCAGUACGUGAUCUGCAUAUGUCUUUGGAAGAAAUAUACACCCAGAAUCUCCUGCAAAGACAAGAUGAGAAUCUUCCUUCAGUAGACUUGAGCAUGAGGCCUGCUUCUGGCUUUACCAUAAAUGAUUACACACCUGCAGAUGCUCUCGAACAACAAUAUGGAUGUGAAAACACAAUAACAUGGACUGACGCUCAGCUACCAAGUGAAGGCAUAUCAAGUACAGAACUUACCUCUCCUCUGCGACCCGACUCAACUGGAAAGGGCUCUGAGUACUUAAUUGAACAGAGUUCCCUGGCCUCUACUGCUGAGGGUGUCAUGCUCCAAAAGGUAUCUAAAGAAUCUUUGGAGAGGACUAUUACUAUAGCAAAAGGCAAUUCUAGCCUAGGGAUGACAGUUAGUGCUAAUAAAGAUAGCUUGGGGAUGAUUGUUCGAAGCAUUAUUCACGGUGGUGCUAUUAGUCGAGAUGGCCGGAUUGCCGUUGGGGACUGCAUUUUGUCCAUUAAUGAAGAAUCUACCAUCAGUUUAACCAAUGCCCAGGCGCGAGCAAUGUUGAGAAGACAUUCACUCAUUGGGCCUGACAUAAAAAUUACCUAUGUGCCUGCCGAACACUUAGAAGAGUUCAAAAUAAGCUUGGACCAACAGUCUGGAGGAAUAAUGGCACUGGACAUUUUCUCUUCAUACGCUGGCAGAGACAUUCCAGAACUACCAGAGCGAGAAGAAGGAGAGGGAGAAGAAAGUGAACUUCAGAAUGCAGCAUACAGCAACUGGAAUCAGCCCAGGCGGGUUGAACUUUGGAGAGAACCAAGCAAAUCCCUGGGCAUCAGCAUUGUUGGUGGACGCGGGAUGGGGAGUCGUCUAAGCAGCGGUGAAGUGAUGAGGGGCAUUUUUAUCAAGCAUGUUCUUGAAGAUAGUCCAGCUGGCAAGAAUGGAACCUUGAAACCUGGCGAUAGAAUAGUAGAGGUGGAUGGAAUGGACCUCAGAGAUGCCAGCCAUGAGCAAGCUGUGGAAGCCAUUCGGAAUGCAGGAGACCCUGUAGUCUUUAUGGUACAGAGCAUUAUAAACAGACCAAGGAAAUCCCCUUUGCCUUCCUUGCCGCACAACCUUUACCCUAAGUACAACUUCAGCAGCACUAACCCAUUUGCUGACUCUCUACAGUUCAACGCUGACAAGGAAUUACAGAAUUCAAGUAGAAUUAUCUUCUAUUGUUCCCUGACUAACCCUUUUGCUCCCACACCCUUCAAGGCACCCAGUCAGUCAGACUCGGAGCCAGAGAAGGCUCCAUUGUGCAGUGCGCCCCCACCCCCUCCUCCAGCAUUUUCAGAAAUGGGCAGUGGCCAGGCACAGUCAUCCUCAAGCAGCAUCUCAGAAGAGGUGGAGAAAGAGGACGAGUUCGGUUACAGCUGGAAAAAUAUCCGAGAGCGUUAUGGAACCCUAACAGGUGAGCUACAUAUGAUUGAACUGGAGAAAGGCCGUAGUGGUUUGGGUCUAAGUCUCGCUGGGAACAAAGACCGAUCCAGGAUGAGUGUCUUUAUCGUGGGAAUUGAUCCAAAUGGAGCAGCAGGAAAGGAUGGGCGGUUGCAAAUUGCAGAUGAGCUUCUAGAGAUCAAUGGUCAGAUUUUAUAUGGAAGAAGUCAUCAGAAUGCUUCAUCGAUUAUUAAAUGUGCCCCUUCUAAAGUAAAAAUAAUUUUUAUCAGAAAUAAAGAUGCAGUAAGUCAAAUGGCUGUAUGUCCUGGAAAUACAGUAGAACCUUUGCCUUCUACCUCAGCGAAUCUUCCAAAUAAGGAGAUGGAACCAAGUUUCACUACUUCUGGCGCCGCGGUGGACCUCAGUUCAUUUAAAAAUGUACAACAUCUUGAGCUUCCCAAGGAUCAAGGGGGUUUGGGCAUUGCUAUCAGUGAAGAAGACACGCUCAGGGGAGUUGUCAUAAAGAGUCUGACAGAGCACGGCGUGGCUGCCAAGGAUGGACGCCUGAAAGUUGGAGAUCAGAUCUUGGCUGUAGAUGAUGAAAUUGUUGUUGGCUAUCCUGUUGAAAAGUUUAUUAGUCUAUUGAAGACAGCAAAGACGACAGUCAAACUUACCAUUCAUGCCGAGAACCCAGAUUCCCAUGCUGGUACUUCAGGGCCUGGUGCAGCCAAUGGAGAAAAAAAGAACAGCUCCCAGUCUCCAGUGGUCCCACAGUCCGCCUCCCCGGAACCAGAGACCAUCCGAAGUACAAGUAGAUCGUCCACACCAGCGAUCUUUGCUUCUGAUCCUGCAACCUGUCCCAUUAUCCCUGGCUGCGAAACAACCAUCGAGAUUUCCAAAGGGCGGACAGGGCUGGGCCUGAGCAUCGUGGGAGGGUCAGAUACGCUGCUGGGUGCUAUUAUUAUCCAUGAAGUGUAUGAAGAAGGAGCCGCAUGUAAAGAUGGAAGACUCUGGGCUGGAGAUCAGAUUUUGGAGGUGAAUGGAAUUGACUUGAGAAAGGCCACACAUGAUGAAGCCAUCAACGUCCUGAGACAGACACCACAGAGAGUGCGCCUGACCCUGUACAGAGACGAGGCCCCGUACAAAGAGGAGGAGAUGUGUGACACCCUUACCGUUGAGCUGCAGAAGAAGCCAGGAAAAGGCCUGGGAUUAAGCAUUGUUGGUAAAAGAAAUGAUACUGGAGUAUUUGUGUCGGACAUUGUCAAAGGAGGAAUAGCCGAUGCCGAUGGAAGACUGAUGCAGGGAGACCAGAUACUGAUGGUAAAUGGAGAAGAUGUCCGUAACGCCACCCAGGAAGCCGUGGCUGCGCUGCUAAAGUGUUCCCUAGGCACAGUGACCUUGGAAAUCGGAAGAAUCAAAGCCGGUCCAUUCCAUUCAGAGAGAAGGCCUUCUCAGAGCAGCCAGGUGAGUGAAGGCAGCCUGUCCUCUUUCACUUUUCCACUUUCUGGAUCGAGUACAACUGAGUCACUGGAAAGUAGCUCAAAGAAAAAUACAGUGGCAUCUGAAAUACAAGGAUUAAGAACAGUUGAAAUAAAAAAGGGGUCUACUGACUCAUUAGGAAUCAGCAUUGCCGGAGGAGUGGGCAGCCCACUUGGUGACGUUCCAAUAUUUAUUGCAAUGAUGCACCCAAAUGGAGUUGCAGCUCAGACCCAAAAACUCCGGGUUGGAGAUAGGAUUGUCACUAUCUGUGGCACGUCCACUGAGGGCAUGACCCACACGCAGGCAGUUAACCUACUGAAAAACGCAUCUGGCUCCAUUGAAAUGCAGGUGGUUGCUGGUGGAGAUGUGAGUGUGGUCACCGGCCAUCAGCAGGAGCCUGCCAGUUCUAGCCUUUCCUUCACUGGGCUGGCGUCAAGCAGUAUAUUUCAGGAUGACUUAGGACCUCCUCAGUGUAAGUCCAUUACGCUAGACCGAGGACCAGAUGGCUUAGGCUUCAGUAUAGUAGGGGGAUAUGGCAGCCCUCAUGGAGACUUACCCAUUUAUGUUAAAACAGUGUUUGCAAAGGGAGCAGCGUCUGAAGACGGGCGUCUGAAAAGGGGCGAUCAGAUCAUUGCUGUCAAUGGGCAGAGUCUAGAAGGGGUAACCCACGAAGAAGCUGUUGCCAUCCUUAAGCGGACAAAAGGCACUGUCACUCUGAUGGUUCUCUCCUGAAUCAGCUGCCAGAACUGAGCCAGCGUAACACCUCUCACUUACUGUUCUAAAGACCAUGGACGUAGACUUGUGGGUGACUGUUUCCCGAGCUGUGGUCACUGGGAAUCUUCAAAACUGUAGGAUAAAAAUAACAUUGAAGUUUCUUUUUCUCAUGUGGAAAUGGUUUUCUUACUGACAACUGAACAUUAUUUUUCUUUUCCCCUUGCAUUCUGUGAACUCAAACUCAAACAAAGACAAUGGAUAUUUGCAUAGGUAAAUCUGUUUUUUCUUUGUGACAAUAUCUAAUAUUUUCUAGUCACAUGGGCAAAAAUUAUUAUGUGCUCUGUUGGUUAGUAGAAAGAAAAAUAAUUCUAAAGCUAAUCAAAGACAAACGUGUUCAAUAAAUUAGCACGUGUAAUGAAAAUACAAGAUCAAGAAGAAAACCUCAGAGUUUUAUAAAAAUGCCUCCAUUUGGCAAUCUAAUUCCUCUCCCCACACCAAACUAAAAAAGAAAAAAGAACUUUUUUCUAUUAAAAAUCUUAAAUACUCUUAGUAUUUAAAAAUUUUGGACAGAGUAUUAUUAAAAUUUGCAUCUCCCCCUCUCUGAUAUGCACAUGUAUCUUUCCUGCUAAAAUUGGUUUCUGUGAUUGUGUAAAUAGGAACUGUAAGAAGCCAUGCCCCUAAAUUUUGUAAAGAAAUCAUAAUUCUUGCAUAUCUCAAUGCUCUUUUUUCAGUUUUUGACUUGCUAUAAAAUAUUCCCAUGUUGCUGUGAGAGAAACUGUGAUGCUACCCCAUGUUGACUGUGGUGUUUCUAGAGAGCAGCUGUGCUAAUCAUGGAGGAACAUGGAGGGUCCCAGCGUCUUUUAGAGCUGGUUUUAACCACUGAUGCAACACUAAAAACGUGUGAGUGUGCUGUGCAAUCGGUUUUCAAUCACUAUUAAUCUUACUGACAGAAAAAGCAAUGUGUUCGUGAUUAUUUUGGUUGUAUGCCACUAGUAAAUUGAUGGAAAAAUUAAGGGGAUUAACAUAACUUCAUUUCAUUGCCUUAUAUUAACAUCUUAUAAUACAAUAGCUUAAGAACUAAGGGAAACAGAUGGAGCUGUUUAUUGAGACAACUGGUGAGGAAUUAUCAUGUGUUCAUUCCCAUUUUAGAGCGUGAAACUCCUACAUUAGAAUAUAUAAAGUCACUUUAAAUAUUAUCUAUAUUUGUAACAGAAGUAGUGUACAGAUAUUUUAUUACAGCAUUCUUGUGUAAAUGCAGAAUUAAAGUGAAUAAACAAGAAGUGUCAGUGGUACACAA